ACACGAACCCGUUCGGAGACAAUCCGAAACACCACCGCGCUGCAUCAGCUGCCAGCCUCGGACCUGUACCUCCGGUGAAGUCCGCGGAAUGCUUGUCGCGUAGGACCUAACCCUCACGCGGAGGAAUUGACCGCCGCCGUGGUUACAAUUCUUUGUGGACCGAGAGCUGCCGCAGCACCCAUCCCACACCGACUGUAGAAAAUCCGAGGACGUGUGGUUCCGAGAUUUUUGCUCGUCGAAGCUGAGAGUUGGAGCUGAUUCCAGAUGGCUGGAGGGUACGACAGUAAUCCGUUUGAUGUGCAAGACGACGAAGUGAACCCUCUCUCUGUAAGACUUUUGCAACAAAACAGCGUGCCGCAGGCCAAUUCAAGGGGUCUCUCUCCUCUCCGGCCUGAACCAUUGAAUGCAAGCGAUGCUACAGUGGACAUUCCUGGAGCAAAAGAACUGAAGAUAAAGGAGAGAGAAUUGAAGCAAAGAGAACUGAAGAUAAAGGAGAGAGAAUUGAAGCUAAGAGAAGACGAGCUGAGAAUGAAUGAGCAGGAACUGAAGCGACUGGAAGAAGCUGCAGCCAGAGAUGGUAUCUUGAUCGAGGACAAGAAUUGGCCCCCUUUCUUGCCGAUUCUUCAUCACGAUAUCCCCAGAGAUAUUCCACUUCACUUGCAGCGCAUUCAGUACUUCGCCUAUGCGAGCUGGCUCGCUAUGCUCUUGUGUUUAACUUGGAACUUUAUUGCCGUAACUGUGGCGUGGAUAAAGGGUUCCCUUACUAUAACCGACCCCUAUGAUGAUCUGCAGAUAUGGGUCCGUGCCUUCGGCUACUUUAUAUACGGGGUCUUCGGGUCAUAUUUCUUUUGGUAUCGGCCUGUGUACCGUGCCAUGAGGAAAGAGAGCGCUCAGAAACCCAGGGGGGUCUAUAUUGUUUACGUGAUGGUUGGGAUUUACAUUUUUUAUAUUUUAUUUCAAAUUUCACAUUUUGAAUUAUUUUUUUAAAUUCGAAAUAGUUUUCGCAAAAAACAUCCAUGAUCAUUCAAAAUUUGGUUACACAAUAAUAUAUCAAUAAAAACAAUAUAUAAGCUCAAUGACUUUGGAUAAUUUUCAUAC